AUGGCGGAUGAACAGCUGCCAGACCGAUCUGUUCCUCUAGUCUCCAACGAAGUCACUAACACGUCCGGCCUCAACGUUGAUGCAGACGGUGUCGACGGUGUCGACGGUGCCGAUGGCGUAUCCUUCGUGCCUGCUCCUCCUCUCCUAGACAUGAAUGGCUUUACGCCCAUGCCUGCGCUUGCAUUCAUGAACAUGCCACUACAUACCAAUGGAGCUGACCCCUCGGUGUUCGGCAUGGUACCUCAACAAGGCAUGUCAAACGAUGAAAUCGCUCUCUACGACAGACAGAUACGGAUAUUGGGCUUUCAGGUUCAAGAGAAGUUACGCUCAGCAAAUGUUCUUCUGAUUGGCCUCAAGGCAUUGGGAGCUGAAAUUGCCAAAAACUUGGUGCUUGCUGGAGUUGGAACAUUGACCAUACUUGAUGGCGAUGCUGUCACCGAAGAGGACUUGGGCAGUCAUUUUUUUGUCACUCACGAUCAGGUUGGAAUGAAUCGAGCAGCAUCCGCGCUCCCCGAACUACAAAAACUCAAUCCGCGAGUAGAGUUGUACACUGAUCCAAUUCCUGUGGUCGUCAAGGAUCCCGUGUACUUCCAGAGCUUUGACAUCACCAUAGCUACAGAUCAGCUCAUGGACAUCCUGAUCAGCGUCAACAUGUCCUGCCGAAUGUUCAACCGAAAGUUCUAUGCUGCAAACACCUACGGAAUGUAUGGUUUCGUUUUUGCAGAUCUCAUCCUCCAUGACUAUAUUGUUGAGAAACCACGCAGCAACAAACCUGCCAAGGUUGGAGACAUGGAUUCUGUGACGAACUGUGUCACUGGAAUCAUGUCCAAGAAGGAGAAUGAGACUACUAUCGAUAUCAUCACCCAUCAAGAGACCUAUUCUCCGCUCCAACUAGUCAAUCUCUCCCCCCUCUCGGCCAAAAUCAGGAAUACUCGCAGGAGCCGUAUGCGGGUAACUCCCCUGCUGUCGUGUCUGCGCGCCCUGUUCGAUUUUCAGACACAAGCAAAUGGACGAUACCCUGGACAUAACCAGGGUGACCUGGGGACAUUCACUAAGCUGGUGAAUGAGAAACAUCUGGAACUGCAAUUGCCUGUUGAAACUCUGCGAGCCGACUUCUUACGAAGUUUCUUGCAAAAUCUUGGAUCGGAGCUCAGUCCAGUUGCAGCGUUCCUUGGUGGGUUUCUGGCUCAAGAUGUGAUAAAUGUUCUUGGACAGAAGGAACCGCCUCUGCAGAAUUUACUGUUGUUUGAUGGGGAGGAGUUCACAGCCUCGCCAUUCAGCAUCCAUCCAAUUAAUGAUGAUGCCAUGACAAUGAUGAACACUAAUGGGCUACCAAUCCUGCCUAUGGACGCCUCAAUCCCUGUCGCUUGA